CACUUUUAUCUGUCUCUCUCUCAGGGUGAAAUAAGUUUUGAGCAAGACUGUCUAGUUGAAGGCGGCAGCCUCGACCAAAUGCACAAUGGGACAGCGUACAGAGAGGUUCGCCAGUACCAGUCUAAUCACCAUCUGGUCCGGUUCUACUUUGUCACACGGAUCUACUCUCGCUACAUGCAGACCAUAAUGCAAGACUUUCGCAGUGGGUUAAAGCCAGAUAUACUAAUUAUAAACUCCUGCGUGUGGGAUAUUUCAAGGUACAAUUCCAAUUGGACAAAGGACUACAAGGAGAAUCUCCAUCAGUUCUUUAACGAACUGAAAGGGACUCUGCCUGUAGAGUCACUGGUCAUAUGGAACCUCACCAUGCCGGUGGGAAAGAGGAUUAAAGGCGGUUUCCUGGUGCCUGAGAUUGAACACAGGGCUCCUCAGAUAGGUUACGAUGUGGUCGAGGCAAACUUCUACAGUGGGACUCUAGCAAAUGCUUAUGGGAUGGAUGUGUUGGACCUUCACUACCAGUUUCGCUUCUUGCUGCAUCAUCGUGCUCGAGAUGGAGUCCACUGGAACGCCAUUGCCCAUCGCAGAGUAUCAACCCAUCUGCUGCUGCACACUGCGCAGGCCUGGGGUGUCAAAAUGCUCAGUCCACUUAUGUCUGUUGGGUUCAGGUUUAUUCCACUAACACUUAACCUUACUAAACCACUUCUUUUUCUAUACUCCCCUAACACAGAUGAUGCUAGUACCAGGCAGGACUUCUCCAGUGACUCCAUUCCUCAUGGCUUCAUGAGCUUUGAUAUGCCACUGACUUAUUUCCAGCCACAGCCCAAAUACACACCGGCUACAGAUGACAACUACAACUACCGGCCUCCUCACCACUAUGGUCACAAUCCGUAUGUGCUGAAGAGGAGACACACAAGACGCCAUUAUGUACCCUACACUCAUCACAGACAUUACAACGGUCAUGGACACUACUGAGUGAAGGAAGAGCAAUAAGGAGCAUACAUCCUGACACACUGGAUGCAUAAUUGAAGUUUUCUUAAAAUUUUACAUUGAUGUUUUAUUUCCUUGAGUUUUAAUUGGUAUUAUAAUUUUAAC